GUAACAAGUGCCGCUAAAAUUCGAAAACUUUAGCGAGUAAAGACCUAUUUAUAUUAGGAGCAAAAUAGCAAUUAGCAUUCCAUAAGAGACUCAGGGCCUGGAAAAUUAAAGAGUGCAUGCGUGAUGGAAUCCUUGGACGGAGAAUGCCAAUCUUUGGAGCUCCUGAAAGCUCAAGCCCAUGCAUGGAACCACAUAUUUAGCUUCAUAAAGUCCAUGUCCCUCAAGUGUGCCGUGGAGCUCGGCAUAGCAGACAUCAUCCAUACCCAUGACAAGCCAAUCUCCCUCACUGAACUAGCCGCUAAACUAUCCAUUCCCCCCACCAAAAACAACGACCUGCGCCGCCUCAUGCGCCUCUUGGUGUUCUCGGGAUUCUUCGCUCGGAAGCGUGAUGGAAACAGUCACGACCACGACGAAGAGUUGUACAUCCCCACCACCAUGUCUGCUCUCCUUGUCAAGGAGAACGAUGCGAACGUCUCCUCCUUCGUUCUCGCAAUUCUCGACCAAACGUUGUUCAACCCAUGGUAUCACCUCAGUAGUUGGUUCAAGCAAGAUAAGGUACCCGCCACUCCCUUUGAGGUAGCACAUGGAAGGGAUGUUUGGGAGGCCAUCAGCCGAAGCCCGGCCUUCAACAGCUUGUGCUACGAGGCGAUGGCAAGCGACUCUCGGUUCGUGGCCAAACUGGUUGUCGAGGAGUGCGGCGAGGUCUUCCGAGGCCUGAGGUCGCUGGUGGAUGUCGGUGGGGGAAAAGGCACGAUGGCCCGCGCCAUCGCGGUGGCCUAUCCACAGGUGAAGUGCACCGUCCUUGACCUGCCUCACGUGGUAGCAAGCCCGGAAGCGAGCGAGGAGGUCCAGCUUGUCGCGGGAGACAUGUUUCAGUAUGUCCCUCCUGCGGAUGCAGUGCUGCUCAAGUGGGUGCUACAUGAUUGGAGUGAUGACGACUGUGUAAAGAUACUAAAACGCUGCAAGGAGGCUAUUCCAUCCAAAGAAGAAGGGGGGAAGGUGAUUAUUAUUGACAUGGUAGUCGACUUGGAUAUUGGCUUUCCUGAGUUGGGCGAAACACAGCUACUCUUUGACCUAGAGAUGAUGGUCCAGACCACAGGUAAGGAAAGGAAUGAAUGUGAAUGGAAAAAAAUUUUCAUGGAUGCAGGUUUUACCGACUACAAAAUCAUACCAGCAUUAGGUUUGCGAUCGAUUAUCGAGGUUUAUCAUUGACUACUGAAUAGAUAAGGAAAACCAUCUAUACUGGUGGCCAUGAAUUGAUCAGUUUGCUGCUUCCUUCCAAUUUAAUUUUAGAUCUUCAUUAUGUAUUGCAUUGGAUGUCUUAUGGUGUUCUUAUUGUUUGUAGUAGAAUUACUAUGAUGUUUGUAUUGGUCUUCGUUGAGUUUGUGAUUAGUCUGCCGUAUUUAAGUUGAUUGAGCUAAAAUAAUAGAAGGUACUUCUUUACUCACC